GGUGGGGAUCGGAGUCGGAGGUGGGGCAGGCAGAGUGAGCCGUGGUGUGGGGAGGGGGGUCAGGAUUUGUUUUUUUUCUCCCCGAGGGGCUCGAGUGCAGAUUUUCUCCUCUCCUUCCUCCCCGCUUCUUGCCCCUUUUGCAAAGCCCGGAGAUCCGUGUGCACGCCGAGCGCGGGCUUGGGUUUGAGAGCGCCGCUGCCUCGCCUCUUUGCCGGCUCGCACUGCGGGUGGGAGCUGUUGAGCGCCGGCGCUGCCCCGGGGCUGUCCCUGCCUGCCUUUGCGCCAUGAAAGCGGUGAGUCCCGUCCGACACCCGAGCAGGAAGGCUCUGUCUGGAGGCUGCUGUUGCGGCGGCGGAGGCGACGGAGGCGGUGGCGGCGGCGAGCUGGCUCUGCGUUGCCUGGCCGAGCACGGCUGCUACAAGGGCAGCGACGAGCCGGCGGCGGCUCUGUGCCUCCAGUGCGACAUGAAUGACUGUUACAGCCGCCUCAGGAAGCUGGUGCCCACCAUCCCGCCCAACAAGCGGGUCAGCAAAGUGGAGAUCCUGCAGCACGUCAUCGACUACAUCCUCGACCUGCAGCUGGCCCUCGAGACGCACCCGGCUUUGCUCCGGCAACAGCAGCAGCCGCAGCAGCAACAACCACCGCCCCCGCUGCACCCGGCCGGACCUCCCCGGACCCCGCUCACGGCGCUCAACGCGGACCCGGCUGCUGCUGUUAAUAAGCAAGGGGACAGCAUUCUGUGCCGCUGAGCUGCACUUUCAAGGUGUGCAGCAGGCAGAUCCUGAGCCAGAGAAGCAGAAAGAAAGACACAUUAGAAAGGGAGGAGGUGGGAGAGAAAGAAAUAUCAGCCACUGGGCAAAAGGGAAAAAAAAAAAUCGUUCAACUUCUCCAGAAUUCUUUCCAUGCUUCUUUUAGUGAGUGAGAGAGAAUUUUUUUCACGACUUUGCACGUUCAUAACAUUUGACACACGCAUCUCUUUGGUUUGUUUGUUUGAAAUCAGAUGUGAAUUGUAUACUUGUCUUGGAGGGAGGGGAUUGAAAUCUUCAGCAUAAGUAUGGCUCUUCUGUUGGACGGAAGACCAAGGGCAAAUUUGGGAGUUUUAGAAGUUCUAAUGGGCUGAACAGCUGAAAUCUGAAGCUUUACUAAUCUACCAGAGGCACUGUAGAUAACUUUUUUGGGUUUUGACAUCUAUUGUUUAAAAUAGAUGGUUUUAUUGUUUCCUUUGGGGACUUUUCUGCUCCCUGCAGGAAUGUUACAUAUUGUAUAGAAUACAAAAAAGAAAAAAAGAAAAAUGAGUGACAUUUCAUACUAUGUAUAUAGAGAGGUUCUAUACGUGUAAGUGAGAAAAAAAGUAUAUGCUUUAAUAGACUACUGUAAUUAUAAAAUAUUUUAAUUAAAUAUUUUUUUGUAAAUAUUAUAAAGCGGUGUAUGGGUUUUUUUUAAAUCCAUGGGAAUACUUCCCUAGGAAAACUGUUUCUGGCUUAAGUGCGGAACUGCUGAUAUGAAAAGAUAUACUGGAUGUUGAGGGAUGUCUUGGUUCCUUUUCUGCUCUUCCUUUCCCCUUAGAGUUGGAAGCUACAGCUGUAGCCAGGGUCAGUCCUGCAUGAAUGCAUGAAAUGUCUAACUGCAAAUAAAAUUUGUUCUGAGUCCAUACAGAUGUGCUUUCGUUAAUCUGAAUUAAAAGAUGUUUGUAUCAUA